CAAGAUAAAAAUGAGCCAGCCAUUUUGCUGUGUCGUCUUGGUCGAGGCACGGGUCUUCUGUCUGGCGCCCAUUUUGAGUUCGAUCCAGACAUGCUGGCAAGCCAAAUCGACGUACAUAAUUCACCACAAACACAACAGAUUCUGCCUUUUCUGAUCGAAUUCAAUGCUUCUCGUCAGAAGCUAUGUUCAUAUCUUCUCGAUACAUUACUCUCCUGCGGGCCAGAUGAGUUAGCCUGUCUUCAAGGCCAUGGUACCAUGGUUUCAUCUACUCUUGCAAGCUCUUCCUAA